AAACAACCUAUUGUUAUGAAAAAGCCUUGUUUGAUUUUCAAACUGAACCGAAAUCAUUUUGUCGUUGCUAUGACAACACUGACAGCCAUUCAAAUAAACGUCAAUUUGAGAAGUAAAAAAUUAUUCUGUUAUUGGAUUUUAUGUGUUAAAAGAUCGUUUAAAAUGUCUGAGAAAUCAAAAACAAUGCCUCCGUCGACAUCAAAAGUUGUGAAAACCAAACGACCAUCAACAGUUAGUACUAUUACAACGUCGUCGCGCGGGAAAAUUGCAACUGCGAAAGAAACGAAUGUCGGCCGACCUAAAAGUAAUAAAAACACAACAAUAUUGGGUGAAGCAGACGUGACUAUGAUGCGCCAAGAAGUUUCCAUGCCCGAUUUUAAUGCUGAACACCGUCAAAUAGCUUACGGAAAGUUUUUACGCGCAAUGCUAGAAGAUUGUUUGGUUGACGAGAAAAUUGAGUUGGAACAAACAAAAAUGGACAUACAAAUGGCACAAUUAGCUGAUAGAUUUGAAAAAACAGUGGAUCACUUAGAUAAAACCAAUAGGAGACUGAAGGAUAUAUCAUUUGUGGUAGAGCAAAAGAGAUUACUAGAUUUAAAAAAUCAAGAUUCAUCACAUUUCUACUCUAUGACAGAGUCUUCCAAUGCUGAAGAGCUUCUCCAAAAUCUAUCAGCCACAGAACAGGCUUGUCUGGACAAAUUGGAAACUAAAAAUAUUGAUUUUGGCUACAAUAAAGACACUGGCCAUAAACAACUGCUGGAUGCUGUGAAUGAUGCCAUUGAAGGAUUGGAACAGAUUAAAAAACAUUCAAACUUGGACAUAGACAAAUUCAAAGAGUAUGAAAAGUCACAGAAGAAUAUUGAAGAUUUAGAUAAAGACAGAUUCGAUUUGGAAAGUUUAAAAUCUGAAUUUGAGUCUAAGUUCCCGAAAUUCAAUGAAAAACUACUGAAGGAAGUGUCCGAUAAAAUAGCUAAAAUGAUGGAUGAUUAAUUUGUUUUGUUUAUAUCUUUAAAUAAUAAUUGUAUAUAAAUAUAGUUAUUUGAUCAA